AUGAACAAAUGGUUGGGCUUUUCUUUGACACCUCGUUUGAGAAUCUGCGAUAGAGAUCAGGAAGAAGAAGAAGAACCUUGCCACGAAGGAAACUAUGUUUUCACCGAUCAGCAAAAAGCUCUUAUGCCUCUCCAUUCGGAUGUUUGGCGAUAUGAUAUUAACUUUGAGCAUCAUCACCAUCAUGACGAAGGAGUGCCAAGGCUGGAAGAUUUCUUCUACAACUCUCAUCAAACCGAGUGUCCUCCUCUAAACCAUAACCAAACCAAUACCAAUUGCGCCACAAUGGUUAACAGAUUAAGCCCACCCGGUUACCUUCUCCAAGAACAAGCCGUAGCUACACCACAAUACUCGAAUCAAAAUCCGAACCUAAGCCAUGACUAUGGAGCUUUUGAAGAAGCCGGUUCAGUCUCGGUUUUCAAAUCUUGGUUAAGGCAAGAUACUCCAACAUUUCCACUCUCGAAUACUUAUGUUACUGAAGAGGGUAGUACGAGCAAUAUUAGUAAUUUUAGUCACGAAGAGACUGAUUACAACACAAGUGGCUCGAUGCUAUUGUUAGCUAUGAGCCAUGGCGCCACUGGUUCUGAUAUGACCAACAAGUUGAAUGUAUCUGUACCGGUGGAAGAACCGGUCAAGCUAGAUGAGAAGCGGAAGAGACUGAUUGGUAAAACUGAGGUUAAAGAAUCGGUUCCUCGGAAGACCGUUGAUGGUAUCGGACAGAGAACUUCUCAGUAUCGAGGAGUUACAAGAAUUACUAUAACAGGAGGGUAUGAUGAUGAGGAGAAAGCAGCGAGGGCUUAUGAUUUAGCGGCUAUCAAGUAUUGGGGUCCCACUACCCAUAUAAAUUUCCCUUUGAGUAAUUACGAAAAGGAGGUAGAGGAACUUGGAAACAUGACUAGGCAAGAAUUUGUUGCCAUGUUGAGGAGGAAGAGCAGCGGAUUUUCGAGAGGAGCUUCGGUUUACAGAGGAGUCACAAGGCAUCAUCAACAUGGAAGAUGGCAAGCUAGAAUUGGAAGAGUCGCUGGAAACAAGGACUUGUACCUUGGCACAUUUAGCACGCAAGAAGAAGCAGCAGAGGCGUACGAUAUCGCGGCAAUUAAAUUCAGAGGCGUAAAUGCUGUUACUAAUUUCGAUAUAAACAGAUACGAUGUGAAGAGAAUAUGUUCAAACUCUGCGAUCAUCAAUAGUGGCCAGGCCAAAAGUUCUCCCAACGGCUCCAACGCCGGCCAAUAA